GCCUGAGUGAAUCGCCCGCUCGGUUUGCAGUAAUCUCGUCUGCUACCGCCGGCUCGCUCACUCACUCACUCUGCCGUCCGCCAUGGCGACCGCAGAAACUCUCUUAUCCGGUCCGAGCAGCACCUAAAAAGUCACCUGGGCCGCCUGACCGCGUUCCUUAAUUUUGUCCCGCCGCCGGACGUCCAUGUAAUCCACUCGACCGGAGUAUCCGAAGGUGUGGAAUUAAAAAAGAGGCAUUUCCAAGGGGGGAAAACGCACCGGGUGGGCAGCGAGCAGCAGCGCACGGCAACAUGACGGAUCCCGACCCGGAGCCUGUGACGUCGAGAGCAGGGCACCGUCUCGGGGCCCCGGAGACUCUUGGCAUCAGUACACUAGACCCGGCGCACAGACCCCCGGCCAUGCCCGCCGGAAGGCAUGUCACCAUCAGGGUCCACAUGUUGGAUGACACAGAGGAGCUCUUUGAUGUCUCGGUCAAAGCUUCAGGCAAGGUGCUAUUCGACCUGGUGUGCAGGCACAUGAAUCUCAUCGAGGGCGAUUACUUUGGCUUGGAGUAUCAGAGCCAUCAAAAGAUGAUGGUUUGGUUGGAUCCUAUCAAACCUAUUAUCAAGCAGCUGAGACGCCCAAAGCACACAGUGUUGAGGUUUGCUGUGAAAUAUUUUCCUCCAGACCAUGCCCAGCUGCUGGAAGAUUUGACUCGGUAUUUGUUUGCCCUCCAAAUCAAACAGGACCUUUCUAGUGGCCAUCUGACGUGCAAUGACACCAGUGCUGCGUUGAUGGUGUCCCACAUUAUGCAGUCUGAGAUUGGCGACUUUGAGGAGGGCCAGUGCCGGUCACACCUCCUCAAUAAUAAGUACAUCCCCGAUCAGAUGCCCUUGAUUGACAAGAUUAUGGAGUUCCACUCAAUGAAUGUAGGUCAGACACCGGCCGAAUCCGACUUCCAAUUGCUGGAAGUGGCGCGCCGCCUGGAGAUGUACGGGAUUCGUCUCCACCCAGCCAAAGACCGCGAGGGCUCGCGUUUAAGCCUUGCCGUGGCGCACACGGGCGUGCUGGUCCUUCAGGGACACACAAAGAUAAACUCUUUCAAUUGGUCUAAAAUCCGGAAACUGAGCUUCAAGAGGAAACGUUUCCUCAUCAAGCUGAGGGCUGAUGGGAAUAGUACGUAUCAAGACACUCUGGAGUUUCUCAUGGCCAACAGAGACUGUUGUAAGGCCUUCUGGAAGAUCUGCGUGGAGUACCACGCUUUCUUCCGGCUCUUUGAGGAACCCAAACCCAAGCCCAAACCUGUGCUGUUCACACGAGGCUCCUCUUUCAGAUUCAGCGGCCGCACGCAGAAGCAGGUGAUUGACUUCGUGAGGGAGUCCGAGUUUAAAAAGCUCCCGUUCGAGAGGAAACACAGUCGAGUCCAGCACAAUAGCCGCCUGUCGCCUUUGCCUUCUCCACACUACCAAAAAGUGCCAAAAGAAAGCGGUGCUCUCGGCGACCGAGUUGACGCUCCUUCGCAGCACCAGUGGAAGGAGUCGGCGCUGGUGAGUUCACAAGAAACACCCGAGGCCCCGGCGAGCCCGGCUCAGCAGAACAGCGGCAACGAGGACAGAUCGCCGUCCGGGAAGGAGGAGACGAGAGGCUCCACUCGGCCGACUCACCUCGAACAACUGGCAACAGGAGCGCUGACAAACAGUCCCUACCUGUCCACGUCCUCCGGCCACUCGCACGGUCUGCUUAACGGCCAGACGGCUCUGGAAGUGGGCAGUCACAGUCCCGACGUCCGUCAACCUUCGCCUCUCACCAGCCCCCUCCUCAACGACGCUUGCAGCAUUCGUACCGAUGAUGAAGAUGAGGUGCGGCGGAAGAGGUUCCCCACUGACAAGGCCUACUUCAUCGCCAAAGAGUUGCUGACCACAGAGAGGACGUACGUCAAAGACCUGGAGGUGGUGACUGUGUCUUUCCAGAACGUCGUGGGACAGGAAGAGGACACUCCGGAUUCCCUCAAGAAAGCCAUUUUCUCCACGCUUGAGCCGCUGCACAGGUUUCACACGGGUUUUCUCAGGGAGUUGGAGCAGAGGCUGGCUUUGUGGGAAGGGCGUUCCAAUGCUCACAUUAAAGGAGACUACCAGCGCAUUGGAGAUGUCAUUCUGAAUAACCUACAAGGCUUAAAGCCCCUGACGGUCAACCUGCAUAAACAGGGUGACACCCUGACGGAGCUGGAGAAGGCGUGCAGGGCGUCACGCAGGUUAGAAGGCCUCUGCCGGGACUUUGAGCUGCAGAAGGUGUGCUACGUGCCGCUCAACGUCUUCAUCCUGCGCCCUCUGCACCGCCUCGUGCAUUACAAGCACAUCCUGGAGCGUCUGUGCAAACAUUACCCGGCGACUCAUGUGGACUUCAGGGACUGCAGAGCUGCCCUGGCGGACGUGUCCGAAGUGGUGGAGCAGCUCCAGGGCAGCAUUGUGAAAAUGGAGAACUUCCAGAAGCUGUUGGAGCUAAAGAAGGAUCUGAUUGGUGUAGACAAUCUUGUUGUUCCGGGUCGGGAGUUCAUCAGGUUUGGCUGCCUUAGCAAGCUGUCUGGAAAAGGCCUACAGCAACGAAUGUUUUUCUUGUUCAACGACAUCAUUUUGUACAGCAGUCGAGGGAUGACGGCAACCAAUCAGUUCAAAGUUCACGGACAACUGCCGCUCCAUGGCAUGACGAUCCGAGAGAGUGAAGAUGAGUGGGGUGUUCCUCACGCCUUCACUUUGGUUAGCCAGCGGCAGUCUGUGGUGGUUGCAGCCAGUUCUCUGUCUGAAAUGGAAAAGUGGAUGGAGGACAUUGAGAUGGCGGUAGAAAUGGCAAAAUUCAACAACGGGCCUUCUUCUGAUCUUAUGAGCUGCAAGCUAACUGACAGCAAAUGUCCAGAGGAGUUGUCAGCAGAAGGGGAGUCCGAAGAAGACACGAUGACGUCGCACACCUCCCCGGAGAGGGCCGCCUCUCACCGCGGUAAUACUAUGGUGCACGUGUGCUGGCACAGGAACACCAGCGUGGCCAUGGUGGAUUUUAGCAUAGCUGUGGAGAACCAGCUAUCGGGCAACCUAUUGCGGAAAUUCAAGAACAGCAACGGCUGGCAGAAGCUGUGGGUGGUCUUCACCAACUUCAGCCUGUUUUUCUACAAGUCCCACCAGGAUGACUAUCCACUGGCCAGCCUUCCCCUUCUGGGUUACUCUGUCACCAUUCCCUCUGAGUCAGAGAACAUCCACAAGGACUAUGUCUUUAAACUCCAUUUCAAGUCCCACAUCUACUACUUCCGGUCGGAGAGCGAAUACACCUUCGAAAGGUGGAUGGAGGUGAUCCGCAGCGCAACAGCCCCCUCGUGUCACUCUCGGGUGCAGAACAACAAGGAUCACCACGCGCAUUGAGUUGGAGUUCAAUUUUCACACACGUGGGACAUCCGUCCAUGUGCCCGUGCACAUGAUGGUGCUUUUUUACUGUUCUAAAAUGGUGGCACGUCCGCUGGUUUCGACUGCAUCAGAGACUGCGUUUCUUCUUUUGGCAUUUUUUAUAGCUCAACUCCGAAACCUUUUGAAAGGAUGUCAUUUUAUACCGUUUUGUAAUAAUCACACCGACUUCUAUGCCUUGAUUUGAUUGUUUUUUUUUUCCUCCCCUGUUUUGUUUUUACAGUAGAAAAAUGUCUGUAUACUCUCAUCAAUGGCCUUUUUUUGUCAUUCACUUUGCAGGAAACUUCACUUGUGGUGCCAAAUAAUUAUGUCACACUCCUUGUUUAUUUUAUUUUUCUUUUUGUUUUAGUUCAGAAGAAUGUUACCUUUACGGUACACUCCAAAAUUCAAGUCCGUGUGUAAAACAGCUCACCCUUUAAAACCGAAUGUCGUGCUACUGGCCUGGCUUGUUUCUUAAUAAAACUAUGAUCACACUGUAAAA